CAAGUGUAGCCAAUCUUCAAGCGCUCAACUCAUGCAGCGCAAGCUAUUUUUUUAUCCGCUUAAAGACCUCGGGGAGGAGGCAACAACAUGCAAUAAACCUGGCAACUUAGUGCUCACAUUCGGCAAAAUUGUUCUUCAUAUUCAUCAUCAAAAUCAAGGAUUAUGAUGAGAAAUGAGAAUGACAAAAGCGCAGCAAACUAACCGAGAAGCAACUCGUGCUCUUCUAUAAAAACAAUACCUCUCUGCAAGAAAAUGGCGCUUUCCCAUCUUCAGUCUCCUCCCUUGGCUCCCGCUAAGCUUACCAGGAUUGUCAUCUAUCAGCGUCAGUGCUCUCUUUGCUGAAAACAUAGAAGCCAUGCUGUCUGGGACGUGGCGGCGCUCCGUGACGCAUCAGCAACCUGCUGCAGCGCCUGUGGGGACCAACAGGGGGGUGACGCUGUGUGGCGUGCCCAGCGGUACGGUGGUCCUGGAGGCCCAGUAUGAUUACAACUACCGCGGCGCUGAUGGGAGGCAGGUCUGCAUACGGGAGGGCGAGAGGUUCAUUCUCCUUAAGAAGACCAAUGUGGACUGGUGGCAGGUGCGGCGGAUAGGAGCAGCAAGUAAAACAAAGCCUCUAUAUGUGCCCGCCACAUACGUGACGGAGGUUCCCAUCGCACCUAUGGCGUCACCGCAGCGCCUCAUCAUUUCUGCCUCGCUCAACUCUAACGUCCACAUACUGCCAAAAGUGGCGCUCAUUCAAAGCCCCACAGAUGUCUAUCAUGAGCAGCACCAAGCAAGCAAACCCAUCUACCGCUCCAUGGAGAACCUGAGCUCCAACAGUGCCUUCAAAGGUCUCGACACCAACGACACCAUGACUUUAGGUGGCCGUUUCCCCACCUUGCCUCUCUCCGGGUUCACCUUCACGCCCAACUCUUCCGUCACCUCCCCUUCAAGCCACCUCACGGUCCCCGGGGACGUCUCGGCAGCUCAGACAGGGCCAUCUUUAAACUCAAGGGUGGUCCCCAUGAUCACUCGCAGCCAGAGCUCCAGCAACCUGACGGACAACGUGAUGGAGAACCCUUACGAUGAGGUGGGCGCCAGCUUCAGCAGUCGCAUCAACUACAGGGCGCCCAAGAAGUCUUGCAGCCAGUGGGAUGUGGUGGGAUCUUCUGGCAAGAACAACCACCUGCAGGUUCCGACAGAGUCCUAUUUGUCCCAGCUGUCCUGGCAGGACUCGCCUCUCUAUCACCAACCCCAACCAGAGAGGCGUCCGUCGCAGACCGAGCCACCCAGCCCGAUCCCAGGUCAGCCUCCUGUCCAGGUGAUGGACCUGUGGGAGCAGUAUGUGGAUCCGGCUUCUCUUAGAAGCUUCUACGUCAACAGCAUCACCAAGGAGAGAUCCUGGAAACCUCCCCGAAGAGCCCGUGGAGGAGCUCCCAACAAGAAGGUCAGUCCGGUGCAAACUAAAACGUUACCUAGAGAAACCAGCCUUCUGUCACUACCACUUCCUGCCACUGGCAAUGGAACGAUGCACAGGCUUUCCCCUGACUUCCUGUUUGGAAGCCACCAGAGGAGCACAGAUGGCAGCUGGCGGAUGAAACAGAGCAUGCAGCGUGCCGCCUCCUCCGACACCAUUAGCACGAUGGCACUCGCCAACAACAACUCUCAGGACUGUGCCCCCCUGCAUGACACCAGGCAACCGCUCUCACACUCACGGUCCAUGAUCCUGCCAGAGAAUGGCAAGCAUGCCCAACAGGGCAGAGACUACUCGUGCAACGUGACCAACAUCGUCGUGGAGCCGCCGUCGCCCGAGAGCUCCCCAGACGGAGAAGGCGGCACACCGGAGUUGGAGAAAGCCGGGCUCUUGAACAAGACCAAGAUUGCAGAAGGAGGCCGGAAACUCAGGAAAAACUGGAGUCCUUCCUGGGUGGUGUUGGUCGGGAACAGUCUGGUUUUCUUCAAAGAUCCUAAAUCACAGACGCCUUCCAGCUGGAAACCAGGCAACAGUCGCCCUGAGAGCAGUGUUGACCUCAGAGGAGCACAGCUGCAUUGGGCCAACGAGCUGUCCAGCAAGAAGAACGUCUUCAAGCUGAGGACGGUGACGGGCAACGAAUUCCUGCUGCAGUCAGAGACGGACUCUCUGAUCAAAGAAUGGUACCACACCAUCCAGACCGUCAUCGACAGGCUGGACCGGGAAAACCCGUUAGACAACGUCCUCCUCUACUCUCUGAGGAGAGCGGGCAGCGUGGAGAUGCUGGACCACAGCGGAGACGAAGACGACAGGAGAACGUCACUCCCUCGCUCGGCCUCCAACCUGGAGAACACGGAGAAGAAGAGAGUGAAGACGCGGCUGAAGAAGCUCAUUCUGAAGAGGCCUCCUCUGCAGGCCCUGCAGGAGAAAGGCCUCAUUAAAGAUCAGGUGUUUGGCUGUCGUCUGGAGAUGUUGUGCGAGAGAGAGAAGAGCACAGUCCCUCGCUUCGUCAGGCUUUGCACGGAGACAGUGGAGAAGAGAGGGCUGGACACUGAUGGCAUCUACAGGGUGUCUGGAAACCUGGCGGUCAUUCAGAAACUACGCUUCCUGGUCAACCAUGAGCGGGCGGUGACCACUGAUGGUCGUUACAUGUUCCCAGCAGAGUUGGUGCAAGAGGAGAAGCUCAAUUUGGACGAGAGCGAGUGGGAGGACAUCCACGUCAUCUCGGGAGCUUUGAAACUUUUCUUCCGCGAGCUUCCUGAGCCCCUCGUGCCCUACGGCUUCUUUUCUGACAUGGUGGAGACAGUCAAGAUGUUGGACUACACGGAAAAAGUGGAGCGUUUGAAGACGCUGGUGCAUAACAUGCCUCCGCCCAACCACGACACGCUGCAGUUCAUCUGCCGCCACCUCAAACGUGUUUUAGAGCAUUCCGACACCAACCGGAUGACCACCCAGAACAUCGGAAUCGUGUUCGGGCCGACGCUGAUGCGCCCCGAGCGCGACAGCGGCAACAUGGCGGUGAACAUGGUGUACCAGAACCAGGCGGUGGAGCUGAUUCUCAACGAGUACGAGCACGUCUUCGGCAGGAGGGCCUCCUGAGGUCGGCCGUGUUGACUUCCAGACGGCGUCGAACGGAUUUCACAUGAAGAGAUCAUCGGAAGGAAAGCGGCGUGUGCUUCGUCAGGAGGACAUCUGGCCGCCACGCUGCUGCAAGAGUCCCGUUUUGGCUGCCGUGAUUUUUGACCGCAGAUGUGGGAGCCCGGCUUCGGAUGCAGCGGGCGCCUCCUUGUCACUUCUCCUUCAUAGUCGCCAGGCUACCUCCCCACCCCCGCACGACCACCUUCUCAGAUACACAAAGGAAGGAGUAGUGGAACCGCCUCACUGUGAAUGCGCCUCUACGCGGCCGAGCAUCAGCGCACGCUUCCGUUCAAACACACUGAUGAUACGAUGGCCGCCAUCUUCCUUUUCUACCACAUCGCUUCUUUGUUUCUUGUGGAACUUCCCCAUUUUACAUUUUAUGUGAGAAUAUAUACGUAUGUACAUACGGGUGUCCCAUACCUUCUUUGUCCACUGCCAAGCAUCUAAAUUAGGGAUGCUGCCGAUUCCGAUACCGAUCAUCCAUGAGUGAAAUCGGCCGACACCGAUGCCAAUCACAUCAAUUAAGUGUGCGUUUUUCAAUGUAUUUAUGAUGAGUGCUAUUGGCCAGGGGGUGCCGUAUAACGGGGAAAUGUUAGGAUAAUUCCAAGGUCCCCUGACUCCUGGGGGGCCCAAGAAAUAGGUAAUUAUUAAAAAAUAAUUUAAAAAAACAUAAAAUAACCUGCAUUUAGACAAAAACAUAUUUGAGUUCCUUUUUCAAGAGAACAUCUUUCAGGAGGCUUUGGAUGUGAGACUACUUGGCCUGUCACGAUAACACAUUUUCCUGGUCGAUAAUUGUGUUAUAAAUUAUCAACGAUAAUCGCUAAACUUUGACCUUUUUUUAGACCAUAUUAUCUUGAACUUUAUCAUGCAAUGAUCACCGUGUCGUGUCACAUUUGAGCCACUAGAUGGCACUCCAGUGUAGUGUAUCUGUGUGAGGCACAGAAGAUGCUUACUAUAUAUAGCACGGCGUCACCACUUUACAUACCCUGGUUAUCGCCAGCUCUAUUCAUUCACUUCGCCGAUCAAACGUCCGAGUAAGCGCCAACCGCCGGGAUGAAUGCCCCACAGCACAUCCACACUGGAACUGUGGCAUUCGGCUUCCAGACUAUCGCUUUUGUGCUUUCAUUCAUAUUAGCGUUUUCUUGCUAACCUAGCUAGCAUUAAUUGUAUUCAAUCACUAGUAGCUAGGCCCCCACCUCCACGCACUGUGACAAAGAUGCUGAUUAGCUGACAGGAGGCUCACUCUCCCCCUUAAUUUGACUAUACAACCAAUGCGCUCAGACACAAGCAGAGUGAACCCUCUUCUCAUCAAGCCUGUGCGCUACAGCAAGACCAGGAAAUGGAACAGGCAUACGCACAUGUCAAUUUAUCUAGGCGUCAAAAUUAUAGACCUCGUUUUUUUUUCUAUCGUUCAGUUAAUCGUUUUAUGGAUUAUCAUGACAGGCCUAAGAGUACAUAUUUUCAUGGCAUUCUAGCAGGACUUCCAGGUAUCGUGCAGCGGGGCUCCAAGUGAGAGAGCAAUCGGAAAAGCCGGCGUCUUCCACUGCUGAGAGAGGCUGGUCGUCUCAUCCGAUGAGUUCAAUUAUGUUUGGGGUUAUUUGUUAUUAUUGUUAUUCGGCUUGUGACUGUUGCACAUAUGGGUGAGUGUUGUCCAGCAUGGGUUACGUUAGCUUUGCCCGAUGGUCACAUUGUGAGCUUCGAAAACUCACCAUUCUCCGCCAAGUGUUUGUUCUUCAAAGGCCGCAGUAAAUGAAAACGUUUUAAUAUGCUACGAUAUAUUUUUCGUCACAUGUUUUGCAGGUUGCAAAAUUGAUAUCACGCUCACAAACGGCCGGUCAGUUCCACACGGCAGACAUGAUUGUUGUGGGUUUGGCACACCCGCGCAGGGUGAAGAAAAGUGGGCGGGGGAAGCUUGCUACAGGCUGCAUGCUGCAAUAGUACGGGCCUGAGGUGAUCGGCUUUUGUGAAAGGCAUUUAUCGGCCAAUACUGAUCGGUGGCCGAUCGAUCGGCGCAUCCCUAAUGGAAAUGCUCCAUUUGACUCCAUAGAUUGGCUUUGAAAUGUGUUGUGAAACCACAUCUGCCCUGAAAUAAAACAACGUGAGCCCCCCCCACCAUGUGAUUCUCCUGUAGAGUGCUAUGUUGCUUCUUUCUAAUGACGCCUUCUCACUAGCAUUCAUUACAUUUUAAAUGUAUAAUUCAUAUUAUAAUAUAUAUUAAUAUGUAUUUAUUAUAGUUACAAAAUAUUUUUUUCUUUAAAAUAUUUUUUUAUUAAGAAUGAUU